UGUUUUUUGCUUGAACACGCUGCACAACGAACAAGCUGUCUCUAAAAAGAACUAACUGCUCCUCCAAGAUGAACAACCUCGUGAUGUUGUCAUACAAAAUAGGGGAAGAAAACUCUCUACCUUCAACGUGGUGUUAGAAAACCAACAUUCCUUAUUUCCUCACGAUAUGUACCAGGCAACUUGAUAAAUCAAGGACGUGCUCUCGCAGUUCAGAUUCUACACUUAAAGUUAAGACAUAGAUAUGUAUCUAUUGCCAUGCAUAUUCACUCUUUUCCAAGAGCUCAGUAUAAGCUCGUAUCCUUCUGGACAUGCAGAGACUGCAUCCAAAGCAAUUGUAUGCCCUGUUUCCUCUGCUUUAUUUCUCCUUCAGCUUCAUCAUAGCAACUUUUCCUCCAACCUUGAGCUGUUUUUCUCCCUUUUGGCAAAUUUCCAUUGCUUGUUAUGCCAUAAUGAGCAACUUUCUGUCUUGGUGCACUAUAAACCAUGUGAAAUCCAGGAAAAAAAUCCUUGUGUGGAUGCAAAGAUAAAGGUCUAUCGUGACUCCCCAGGGCUUCUGCGAAGCAGGACAGUUGAGAAACACAAGGCUGUUUGCACAUUAAGAAAAACAUAACCGGCAAGUUUUAGAACUAGCAUUCACUGAUUUCCUUUGCAAACAUAACGUAUCGGUCCUGAAAUUAAUCUACCGGUCGGUAUCACUAAAGCAGCCUGUAUCAAUGCACACUGCGGGCCGGGAACCACGCCCCACGGCCGCACCCCCGCAUCAGUGCCCCGCCGCGAUACCCCGGAAGCGCCGGGCCCCACGCGGUGCGGAAGUAGCGGCGGAAGUGGCGGCCUGGCGGCGACACGUGACAGCCGGCACGUGACAACAGGCGGCACGUGACUGGGGCAAGAUGGCGGCCUUCCCGUGGCAUGCAAGAUCAAGAAAUUAUGUUUCAGAAUCUGACGUCUGCAAACUAGAAUCUGUGCCCUUGGAUUUUGGUGACUACCAUCCACUAAAACCCAUUACAGUUACCGAAUCCAAGACCAAGAAAAUGAGCCGAAAAGGAAGUACUUCUUCUACCUCUUCUUCUUCUUCUAGUUCUAUGAUGGACCCAUUGAGCAGUGUGUUGGAUGGUACCGAUCCCUUGUCACUAUUUGCAGCAGCUGCAGAUCCUUUGACUACUCCUGCUUCUAUGGAUGGUGUACGAAAGAAACGGGAUAAAGAUGACAGUUCAGCACUAGGAAGUGACUUUGAACAAUGGUCAAGCAAACGCGGUGAAAUCCUUGCUAAAUACACAACAACUGAGAAGCUCUCUAUUAAUCUGUACAUGGGAUCUGAAAAAGGAAAAGCUACAACUAGUGGCUCAGCGGUUUCUGAAAAAGUGAGGACGAGGUUAGAAGAACUGGAUGAUCUGGAAGAGGGGUCACAGAAAGAGUUGUUGAACUUGACUCAGCAGGAUUAUAUGAAUCGAAUUGAAGAACUCAACCAGUCUUUGAAGGAUGCUUGGUCCUCUGAUCAGAAAGUAAAAGCUCUGAAAAUAGUCAUUCAGUGUUCAAAGCUUCUUUCAGACACAACAGUAAUCCAGUUUUAUCCAAGUAAAUUUGUCUUAAUUACAGAUAUACUUGAUACUUUCGGUAAACUAGUGUAUGAAAGGAUUCUGUCAAUGUGCAUGGACAAUCGUGUCUCUUUAUCAGAUAAUUUUUCUCCAGAGACUGUUAAUGAUACUGCUAAAGAGACUUGCUUAAACUGGUUUUUCAAGAUUGCUUCAAUCAGAGAACUCAUUCCUAGAUUUUACGUGGAAGCAGCAAUACUGAAGUGCAAUAAAUUCCUAUCUAAAACGGGGAUUUCAGAGUGUCUCCCACGAUUAACUUCUGUGAUUAGAGGAAUUGGAGAUCCACUGGUUGCAGUCUAUGCAAGAGCAUACCUUUGCAGGGUUGGAAUGGAAGUAGCACCACAGCUCAAAGAAAGCCUCAACAAAAAUUUCUUUGACUUUCUUCUAACAUUUAAACAAAUUCAUGGGGAUACAGUUCAGAAUCAAUUGGUAGUACAAUGUGUAGAAAUUCCUUUGUAUUUAACUCUCUACUCUCCUGCUAUAGACUGGAUUUUACAGUGUAUUGCAUACCAUGCUCCUGAGAUUCUGCUUACUGAGACGAUGGAGAGGUGCAAAAAAUUGGGAAACAAUGCUCUGCUAUUAAAUUCAAUAAUGUCAGCCUUCAGAGCAGAGUUUAUUGCUGCAAGGUCUAUGGACUUCAUUGGCAUGAUUAAAGAGUGUGAUGAAUCUGGAUUCCCGAAGCAUCUUCUCUUUCGCUCCUUGGGGUUAAACCUGGCAUUGGCUGAUCCUCCUGAAAAUGAUCACCUUCAAAUAUUAAAUGAAGCCUGGAAGGUUAUAACGAAGCUGAAGAACCCACAGGAUUACAUCAACUGUGCUGAAGUGUGGGUGGAGUAUACAUGCAGACACUUUACGAAGCGAGAAGUUAAUACAGUUUUGGCCGAUGUUAUCAAGCAUAUGACUCCUGAUCGAGCAUUUGAAGAUGCUUACCCACAGUUGCAGUCAAUUAUUCAGAAAGUUAUUACCUACAUCAGUGAUUUCUCUCUGCUUUUUUCAGUGGAGAAAUUCUUGCCAUUUCUGGAUAUGUUCCAGAAGGAAAGUGUGAGAGUGGAGGUUUGCAAGUGCAUUAUGGAAUCUUUUAUUAAGCAUCAGCAGGAAUCUACGAAGGACCCUGUUAUACUCAAUGCUCUUCUGCAUAUCUGCAAGACGAUGCAUGACUCUGUGAAUGCUCUGACGCUUGAAGAUGAGAAAAGAUUGUUAGCAGCUUUGAUAAAUGGAUUCAUAAAAAUGGUUUCAUUCGGUCGUGACUUUGAGCAGCAACUGAGUUUCUAUGUUGAAGCUCGGUCUAUGUUUUGCAAUCUGGAGCCUGUUUUAGUCCAGCUAAUUCAUUCUGUGAACCAACUGGCGAUGGAGACAAGAAAGGUGAUGAGAGGAAAUCAUUCCAGAAAGACUGCUGCGUUUGUCAGGGCUUGUGUUGCCUUCUGCUUCAUCACAAUUCCAUCUCUGAGCAGUAUCUUUACACGUCUUAAUUUGUAUCUGCACUCUGGACAGGUUGCUCUGGCAAAUCAGUGCCUUUCACAAGCUGAUGCUUUUUUCAAAGCUGCAGUGAGCCUUGUUCCUGAAGUGCCAAAAAUGAUCAGUGUAGAUGGAAAGAUGCGACCUUCUGAUGCCUUCCUCUUGGAAUUCCUCUGUAACUUCUUUUCCACGUUAUUGGUUGUUCCAGACCAUCCAGAACAAGGAGUGUUGUUUCUUGUGCGAGGAUUACUAAAUGUGAUCCAGGAUUAUACCUGGGAGGAUAACAGCGAUGACAAAAUCAGGAUUUACACUAAUGUUUUACAUCUGUUGUCUGCAAUGACUCAAGAAACAUAUAUCUACCAUGUAGAUAAAGUGGAUUCCAAUGAUACCCUGUAUGGUGGAGACUCCAAGUUCCUCGCUGAAAUCAGUAAACUGUGUGAAACAGUAAUAGCACAGAUUCUGGAUCAUCUCAAAACCCUUGGAAAGGAAGAGACUCUGAAGCGACAAAGCCAGUUGGCACUCUAUUUCUUCAACACUAUUUUAGCUCAUGGUGAUCUACGAAACAACAAACUGAAUCAGCUUUCAGUAAAUCUCUGGAAUCUUGCUCAGAAACAUGGCUUUGCUGACACCAAGACAAUGGUAAAAACUCUAGAAUACAUCAAGAGGCGAAGCAAGCAACCUGACAUGAGUCACUUCACAGACUUGGCCCUUCGCCUUCCUCUGCAGUCCAGAACCUGAUGAACGCCUCUUACGUAAAAGUGAGCAUGUAGCCAAGGCCACAAAUUGCUGAUUCUUCUGGUCUUUGACUGGAGUUCACUGUGUUUGAAUUUUACUUAGUGUGACAGAUUUACUUGGGUACAGGUAAAACUGUUCUGAGUGCAAUAAUUUAAUCUGAAUUUUUUGUUUCCAGUUCUGCCACUGUAUUUUAAAUCCAGGUUAGAUUCAGUAAAAGUUAUUUCAGCCUUUCCAAAUAAAAUUUGUUGUCAUUUUUAGUGACAAAGGAAUAAAAUCUGAUACUCUACACAGAUCAAUUCACAGCCCCCAGACUUCAUCCUGCCUGUAGAGCAGCGUUUCUCCUGUGUAGAAAGCAGUAUUUCAGAGUAGUAAUCCCACUAAAUUGUUCUUCUGCUUUGGAAUGCUGCCAACGUUUGGUCAUUUCCAGUAAGAGAAAAAUGGACCAAGUGUUACUGUUCUAAUGUACAUUUUCUCAGCUGUGUUUAUAAUAUCACUUCAGUUCAGUAGUGUUUUGUAUUAUUAAAUGCUGUCUGCAGAGGAAAAUGGAAAUGUAUGCACAGCAUUCCAUGUUCUCUAGUAUGCUAUAUCACUGAAUAAAGCAGUGUGCAGCUCA